AUGCGUGAGAUGAGCCACAGUAAAGUGGAGCCUUUAAAAAACUUCAUUGAGGUUCGAUGGAGAAAGUCGUGUAAUUUGUCAUUGGUGUACUCACUGAAGGAGGAUGAGUACACGGAAGAAGAGAAGGACAAUGCACCAGUGCAUCAGGAACAGUUAGACGAGGAGAAAGAAGAAUUGGAAGAGCUUCGCGAGUCUCAUCUGAUUUAA